AUGCGCAUCAUUAAGCCAUCGUGGCUAAGCCAUAAAGGCGAACAAAAAGAUUUUGAGGUCUACAGCUGUCAUAUAUCACCCGAUGGCAAAAGACUCGCUACUGCUGGUGGAGAUGGACACGUGCGAGUUUGGUCGACAGAAUCUAUCUACAAUGCCGACGAUCCAUCCUACAAGAAACCUAGGCAACUCUGCCAUAUGAGCCACCAUCUUGGAACUAUACAUUCCGUGCGAUUCUCACCUAACGGUCGCUAUCUCGCCUCCGGGGCGGAUGAUAAAAUUAUAUGUAUAUACCAACUAGAGAGUGGACCUCCUACCAUUGCUCCCUUCGGAACGAACGAACCACCCCCUGUCGAGAAUUGGAAGACUUCGAGACGACUAAUAGGACAUGACAACGAUGUUCAAGAUCUGGCUUGGUCUUAUGAUGGCUCCAUUCUUGUUUCAGUCGGUCUAGAUUCCAAGGUCGUUAUCUGGUCGGGACACACCUUCGAGAAGCUGAAGGUGCUGGGAAAUCACCAAAGCCAUGUGAAAGGAAUCACCUUCGACCCUGCCAAUAAAUUCUUCGCUACCGCAAGUGACGAUCGAUCUAUCAAGAUUUUCCGUUUCACCCCGCCCGCUCCUAAUGCGACCCAGCACGAUAUGGUGAAUAACUUCCAACUCGAGACUACCAUUAGCGCACCCUUCAAAUCAUCCCCCUUAACUACGUAUUUCCGACGAUGCUCCUGGUCACCGGACGGGAAUCAUAUCGCAGCAGCCAAUGCAGUCAAUGGGCCCGUUAGCUCAGUUGCUAUAAUCGAGCGAACAAGAUGGGAUAGCGAGAUUAACUUGAUUGGUCACGAGGGUCCGACCGAAGUGUGCAUGUUCUCCCCUCGACUAUUCCACACCAAAAAACCGAUGGAAAAUGGUGCGGCUAAUGGCCACUCUGGAGGAGCAUUGGUAACAGUGAUAGCAUCUGCUGGCCAGGACAAGACUCUGAGCAUUUGGAAUACCAACACUUCGAGACCCGUAGUUAUACUGCAGGACCUUGCAGCGAAAUCAAUAUCGGACCUCGCUUGGACCCCUGAUGGACAAAUCUUAUUCGCGUCGAGCCUAGAUGGCGGUAUUGUUGUAGUCAAGUUUGAGACUGGAGAAUUGGGAUGGGUAGCUAAUCUCGAGGAGACUGACAAGGCUCUCUCCAAAUAUGGAGCUUCGCGGAAAGCCAUGGGCAUUGCUGAAGAUGUGGAUGGGCUUCAGCUAGAAAAUUACAGCAAGGAGGGAGAGAGGAGAGGUGCUGAAUCGAGAAUGGGAGCCCUUAUGGGCGACUUUCACCCACUUCCAAAAGAUGCGCCUCCUGCAACAAAUGGGGUCAAGAACGCCACAUCGACAUCAAAUCCACCCUCAACCAAUGGACAGGCCGAUUCCCAACUAGAAAAGGAAAAGGCCGACCAGGCCGCCCCGGCAGAGGAGUCUGCUGAUAAAACUGCCCAACGGGUAAACGAAUUGAAGUCACGUGUAACGAUUACCAAGGAUGGGAAGAAAAGAGUCGCACCAAUGCUCAUCUCAUCGUCUGGGACCGGUCAAUCUUCACUUCCUCAAAGUCAACUGGUUGGAUCUAGCUCCUCAAAAGCCGCACAGAAUGACGCACCGCAGACGAUAUUAGACCUUUCUAAACCGUACGACGGACUACCGGAAGGUGGCUUAGCAGCUAUGCUACUAGGCAAUAAGAGGAAAGCGAUUCCGUCUGAAGGUGAGGAAGAUGAAGAACAUCCCCAUAAACGGGCUGCUUCUGGACCGAGAGUUAUAAUGAGGAAUGGCGUUGACGGCCUUGAGCCUGCGGCUUUUGAGCCCCCGAAUCACGGUUUAGUACCAACCCCCGAAUAUCUUAGGCCAGCGAUACUUAACCCCUCUAUUGCCAUUUCCCAAGUUCGCCUAGCGGUCCCCAAGGUGAGGUCGCAUAUCCUUCGUCCAUUGGAACGAGGUGUCCUACUUGAAGAAAGCAGCCCGGAGGAAGCAUCGAAAGUGCCCGAAAAUACGAUACUAGAAGCGAAGAAUCCAGUGUCGAUCAGAGAUCCGUCACACAUCACAGCUACGAAACGUGGAACUUUACUAUGGCAGGACUACCUCCCUCGCGCUAUCAUCCUUGUCACCGGUAGUAAGAGAUUCUGGGCUGCGGCAUGUGAGGAUGGUAGCUUGUAUACUUGGACACCAGCUGGACGUCGGUUGAUAAAUGCGAUGGUGUUGGAAUCUCAACCUGUCAUUCUAGAGUGUCGAGAUUGGUGGCUGCUUUGCAUUACGGCGGUUGGCAUAUGCCAUGUUUGGAAUAUCAACACGCUUUCUUCGCCUCACCCCCCGGUAUCACUCGCUCCCGUACUGGAGAUCGCCAUCAGCUCCCUCCAAACGCAUAGUGCCAUGCCAGCUCCCGGUGUCACUUCUGCUCACCUUAACUCUAGCGGCCACAUCGUCGUCACUCUUACUAACGGAGACGGAUACUAUUAUUCUCCUACCAUGUACUCUUGGCAACGACUGUCUGAAUCCUGGUGGGCCGUGGGUAGCCAAUACUGGAAUAGUAACGACUCCUCUGUUGGCGCUCUGCAGUCCACGGCAGUCGGGCCUGUAUCGUCCAAAGAUGGGCAAAGCGAAGAAGCCACCGUCUCAUCUGGCAUCAUCCCAUUCCUAGAGCGACAUACGACAAACGAGUUCUUGUUGAAGGGCAGGGCAUACACUUUACAGCGCUUGAUUAAGACCCUACUAUCAAGGGACGGGUUCGAGAAUUUCGAGUCUAGCGUUAGCAUUGCCCAUCUGGAAAACCGUAUCGCCGGUGCUCUGCAAUUAGGAGCAAAAGAGGAAUUCCGACUUUACCUAUUCAUGUACGCGAAACGAAUCGGAGCAGAAGGACACCGGGGGAAGGUCGAAGAACUUCUCAACAGUUUGCUGGGUGGGGUACUACAAGACAAAAAAGGGGAAGGCGAGACACGGGGUACGGGAUGGUACAGCAAAGGAGACGUUAUCUGUGGUUGGGAUCGAAAGGAGCUGCUAAAAGGAGUGGUGAUGAUUCUAGGAAAAUUCAGGGAACUACAACGCCUGACUGUACAAUACGGACGGAUCCUCGACCUUACACUGGAGGAUGACAUAAGUGGCGACGCUAUGACGGUUGAUACGUAA